UCGAGCAUGUGUUUAACGAGCACCAGCAGACCUGACCAACACUCAGAAUGACCACCACACCGUUUUCUCCACCGCUGUACAUGCAGCGAUACCAGUUUGUUAUCGAUUAUGUGAAAACCUACCGACCGAGAAAGGUCAUCGAUUUCGGAUGCGCCGAAUGUUGCUUACUGAAAAAGCUCAAGUUUCAUCGCAACUGCAUACAGUUAUUAGUGGGAGUUGACAUAAACAGUGUCGUCCUCCUGAAAAGAAUGCAUACAUUGGCUCCACUGGUGAGUGAUUACCUUCAGCCAAGCGAUGGCCCUUUAACCAUCGAGUUGUACCAAGGGUCUGUAAUGGAGAGAGAGCCGUGCACCAAAGGAUUUGAUCUUGUGACAUGUGUUGAGUUGAUCGAACAUCUGGAGUUGGAGGACGUGGAGAGGUUUUCAGAGGUGGUGUUCGGCUACAUGGCUCCCGGUGCUGUGAUUGUCAGCACACCAAAUGCAGAGUUCAAUCCGCUGCUGCCGGGCCUGAGAGGCUUUAGAAACUACGAUCAUAAGUUUGAAUGGACCAGAGCAGAGUUUCAGACCUGGGCUCAUAGAGUUUGUAGAGAACAUGGUUACUCCGUGCAAUUCACUGGAGUUGGAGAAGCAACUAGCCACUGGAGAGAUGUGGGAUUUUGCACCCAGAUUGCAGUGUUCCAGAGAAAUUUUGGUGGAGUCAAUCAGUCCAUGAGCAAUGGCGAACACUUGGAACCUUCAGUGUACAGAUUGUUAUACAGGGUGGUGUAUCCGAGCCUUUGCGAUAACAACAUCUACCAGAAGACUUUGAUUAAUGAGGUCCUGUAUGAGGCUCAACACCUGAGGCAGCAAUGGCUCAUGAGAGAGAAGAUGAACAACAAUGUGCAUUUCUACACUCCUCCAAUAAUGGAAGCAUUGCAUUAUGAUGCCGAAGGGAAUGCAUGUGAGCAGCAGCCUGUCUACCAGCAGGGUGGCAUCAUCUGCGUCCCGUUGGCCCGUGUCUGGUCCUGUCCCAGGGUCCGAGCUCUGUGCGGGAGCCUGCAGCGUCUCAGAGAGGAACUGCUGGAGGAUGAGCGGGUGAGGAUCAGCGCUGAUGGAAGUGCACUAAACCUGCCUGCUGAUGAUGACGAUGAUGAUGUGGAAGAGGAGGAGGAAGAAGAGGAGGAGGAGAACCAGCAGAAUGUCAAAGCAGCACCAGGUGCAGUUAACAACACAGAGGAGGACUGGGAUAGAGAGCUUGGGAGUUAUGGAGAUGAAUAACAAAUCAGGAAAGCUCUGUAAGCAAAAUAAAAGAAAUGUGUGAUUGACUGAGAUGUUCUUGAAAAGACAAUAAUCAGUAAACAUAUCAUUAA